GCUGCACUGGCAUCAUCAUCAUCAUCAUCAGCUACAGCGCAGCGGCAGAGCGGUAGCGGAGGGAGCCCAGACUCUCUCAUCUCCACUGACUCCUUUAGAUUCUACAUGUAAACACGGAUCACUGGGGGAAUUCUAGAAGCCACAACGCGACAUCAGACGGCAGCAUAACGCCCUGGCGAGUCUCCCAGUCAGCGGAAACCUGCAACAAUGUCUUCGUCUGUUAGCGAGACAGAGGAGGUGCGCGUCUCGGCGCUGACGCCUUUGAAGUUGGUGGGACUGGUGUGCGUGUUUCUGGCGCUGUGCUUAGACGUCGGAGCCGUGAUGAGCCCGGCAUGGGUGACCGCCGACGACCAGUACUGCUUCUCACUGUGGGAGGCGUGCUGGAAAGCAGCGUCGUCUGAGAUCUGGCAGUGCAACAGCACGCUGGAGGCAGACUGGCAGAUCGCCACCCUGUCCUUGUUGCUAGGCGGAGCUGCUCUGGUCCUGCUCUCCUUCCUGGUGGUCCUGGUGUCAGUGUGUAUCGGCUCUCGGAGACGCUUCAACAGACCUGUCGCUGUCAUGCUGUUCGCUGCAGUGGUGUUGCAGGGCUGCAGUCUGGUCCUCUACCCCAUCAAGUUCACUGAGACCAUCAGCAUGAGCAUAUACCACGAGUUCAACUGGGGUUACGGCCUGGCCUGGGGCGCCACCAUUUUCUCCUUCGGCGGGGGGAUCCUCUACUGCCUCAACCCUAAGAACUAUGAAGACUACUACUGACCCUGCUGGACUGUACCAUUGUGACCCCCCUCCCCCCCUGUAGUCGCAGGCUGUCAAACAUAUCCUAUACUGUAUAAUGCUAAUGCUCGCUAGAGAGACAGGUAGACACAGAGAGAUGCACACACACAUACACACACACACAUGUCAGCAUACAGUAUUUCCUGUGGAAGCAGGCAGAGGCUCAGUGCUGGGGUGGAUGGAUGAUUUCACAGUACCCUGUACCCUGCUCUGUACUCCCUCUUCAGUCAGAGACUAACAGAUAACAGACUGACCAAUCAGAUCACUCUAUCUGUCCUCAAACCCUGGGACAAGGACUCACUGAAGCACUGUUACCAACCAAGUAUUACUUACAAGGCCUUAGGGAUAAGAAUGAGGCUAAGCUCGGCAAACCCAGGAGGAAAAUCUGGUGCCAGCUACCAUUUGUGUUACGUAGUCUGUCCACGAGAGAUUAGGAUGAGUCUGACUGGAAAACAGACUUGUCUUCUCACUGGUAGGUAGAGACAGACUGGGAUGACCAACACUGGUAGGUAGACAGACUGGGAUGACCAACACUGGUAGGUAGAGACAGACUGGGAUGACCAACACUGGUAGGUAGAGACAGACUGGGAUGACCAACACUGGUAGGUAGAGACAGACUGGGAUGACCAACACUGGUAGGUAGAGACAGACUGGGAUGACCAACACUGGUAGGUAGAGACAGACUGGGAUGACCAACACUGGUAGGUAGAGACAGACUGGGAUGACCAACACUGGUAGGUAGACAGACUGGGAUGACCAACACUGGUAGGUAGAGACAGACUGGGAUGACCAACACUGGUAGGUAGAGACAGACUGGGAUGACCAACACUGGUAGGUAGAGACAGACUGGGAUGACCAACACUGGUAGGUAGAGACAGACUGGGAUGACCAACACUGGUAGGCAGACAGACUGGGAUGACCAACACUGGUAGGUAGAGACAGACUGGGAUGACCAACACUGGUAGGUAGAGACAGACUGGGAUGACCAACACUGGUAGGUAGAGACAGACUGGGAUGACCAACACUGGUAGGUAGAGACAGACUGGGAUGACCAACACUGGUAGGUAGAGACAGACUGGGAUGACCAACACUGGUAGGUAGAGACAGACUGGGAUGACCAACACUGGUAGGUAGAGACAGACUGGGAUGACCAACACUGGUAGGCAGACAGACUGGGAUGACCAACACUGGUAGGUAGAGACAGACUGGGAUGACCAACACUGGUAGGUAGAGACAGACUGGGAUGACCAACACUGGUAGGCAGACAGACUGGGAUGACCAACACUGGUUGCUUGGCAUGUGAAGGCGAUGAAGAGAUCCAGUGACCCACAGGACACUAAAUGCCACUACAGUAUAUCUCCAGGGAAUUAUGAACCCCCAUAGCUAGCUACAGUUGGGCUCAAUUCCAUUUCAAUUCCAGUCAAUUCAGGAAGUACAAUUCCAAUUACCUCCAAUACUUUUCAAUGAGGAAUUGGAGUUUGGUUUACUUUCUGAAAUGAUUGGAAUUUAAAUGGAAUUGACCCCAAUCCUGGUAAAGAGGAGGUUUGGUACGUCCCAAUACUCCAAAACAGGGGUUUCCUUCCUGUCUUCACAGCCAGUGAAGAGCACAGAGACAGACAGGGAGCCGUUGAAGCCCGUUUAGGACACAGCCCAGUAAUGUGGUACUGGUCUGUAGCUUAUCUGGUCUGUCUCAUCACAGCUUUGUCAGGUUUUUGCAGCGAUGUAGAAUGUUCCGUGAUCUAGAAGAGGAGACAGACAGAGAGAGAGGGAGAGAGACAGGCAGAGAGAGAGACAGGCA